AUGGACAUUAGCAUACCUCAAGAUGUGCAAAUCCCGAUAUACGACCCAAGUCUUGCAGCCUUGUAUUACAUUCUUCUAGCGAUAGCCCCUGUUGCAGUUGUGGGAAAUGGACUAACAUACAAAAUACUUCGGGAUGACAGGAGUGGCUUUGAUGACGUCAUGAAAAAGAUCUUGAACUCGUUAACCACAUCCUAUGCUGUUUUCGCCAUAGGGGAAGCAUUGGUGUCUCUAUUACAGAUUGCCCCUUUAGACCUGAACGUGAAAGAAAAGGUGUGUAUGUACCAAGCCCCACUGAUCUAUAUGUGUCUCUUUUUGUCUAUAAGCUUAACCUGCCUCCUGAAAAUUAAUCGUUACAUCACGGUCACAAGACCCCUUCGACAUCACCUGAUAGUAACGGAUCGGAGAGCAUCAGUAAUGAUUGGAGUGGUCAUAGCUAAAUCGGUGCUCCUGACCAUCCCCGCGACACCUUUUCCAGGAACUCCUGCAGAACAACUUCAGAGACACUCCUGUACGCAGAACGAGGAAGGUACUAAGGGCAGCUACUAUCUCAUAUUCUUGAUUGCCUACGUAGUCCUAGGCACUGGUAUAACAGUCAUCUCGACGGUCCGGUUGUUGGGUAUUUCCAGAAGGCAGUCGAGAGCCAUUGCAGGUUUUCGCAAACAUACAGAUAAUGUGGUCUCCAGUUCGGGAGGAACGAAAGUCACCGGCAAGAGCAUACAGGCCGUCAACACAUCAGCUGGUAAUUCAAACUCAGAUGGAAGCGACGAUGUGGCUAAUAUUACGAAGAAGCAGCAUUCCCGUAACAGGAGAGCCUUCUUCACCAUCUUUAUCUUGAAUAUUGUGGUCAUUUUCUCGUGGAUCCCUCUGAUUAUCUUUUACAUACUUGCCUUUAGUGGUGUCAAGGUUUCACCAAUUUUGAAGUGCGUUAUGAUGAUCUCUAUCAUGUCAACAACAUGUUGGCAUUGGCUGAUUUAUAUCACAACUAACAAGGUGUUUCGUGAAACAACCCUGUCCAUCCUCAAGAAAUUCCGGGCCAAUCUCUCUUGGUAG